AUGGCUUCAGAGGAGGCUGCUAAUCCGGGAGCACAGCCCGCGGUCCCCGCAGCCCCCCCGGCCAGGAAGAAGAGCCGCAAGAAAGGGAAGGAAAAGCCCAAAGAAGAUGCUCAGGAGCGAGGGGACAAGGCAGGGGGGCGGGAGGCUGAGAUCGAGGGGCUCACGCGAGCCGGACACCGGGCGCUGGCGCUGGGGGACGUGCGAGAGGCGGUGGGGUCCUUCAGGAAGGCUUUUUUCCUCUCCGGGGGCACAGCGAGCCCCCAGCUCCGCAGGGCUUGUGCCUUCAACCUGGGGGCUGCCUACGUGGAGACUGGGAAGCCCAAAAAGGGCCUCGAGUUCCUCCUUCGCUCCCAUCCCUCAGAGGGGGAGAGCGAGGAGCACGCGGAUGAUCUUUAUUUCAGCAUUGGGGCGGUUCACGAAGGGCUCCGGGAUUUUCCGAAGGCUUUGGAGUAUUUUGGCAAAGCCGUCGGCCACGACGGCGCGGCGCAGGCUGGCAGCCGAGCGGGGACCCGCGUGCAGAUGGGCUGCUGCUACCUGGGGAUGCGGGAGCCGGCGCGAGCCGCGCGGUGCUUCUUGGACGCGGCACGGACCUACACGGCGGCGGCGAGCCCCGAGGCUGCCGCGGUGGCCCUGAGCCGGGCGAGCGGCUCCAUGCUGCAGAGCCGACAGUUCAGGGCGGCGGAGAUCGCGGGGGUCCUCGCCCGGUGCCGCUCGCUCUGCGAGAGCAUCCCCGACCCAGCCCUGCGAGGGAAACUCUACAAUGACAUCGGCCUCGGCUACUCCCAGCUCCGCAUCUUCUCCCUGGCUGCUGAGAACUUCGAGCGGGCUCUCGCUCUCCGCAGCGGCGAGCCGGCCGGGCGCGGGGAGGCUGCGCUGCUGCAGAACCUGGGUGCUGCCCACAACGCCCUGCGCAGCUUCGGCACGGCCCUGGGCUGGCACCGGCGAGCGGCGGCGCUGCACGGCGCUCUAGGGAACCGGAGGGCGCAGGGGCAGUGCUUUGGGAACCUGGCGUACGCCUGCAGCCGGCUCGGGAACCACGAGGGUGCCGCAGAAAACUACCUGCAUGCCCUGCAAGCCUUCCGGGACUCGGGGGACGUGCAGGGGCAGUGGCAAGCGUGCGAGGGGCUGGGAGCAGCCUGCUUCCACCUGGGACACCCCCGGAAAGCCAUCGGGCACUACAAGGAGGCCCUGACUUUGCUUUCCCACUGCCAGGACACCCCCAGAGCUGCCCGCGAGAGGGUUGUGCACAAGCUCACCGACGCCAUCCAGCACCAGCUCUGCCUCCACGGCCGCCUCGCCCGCGGCGGGGGCCGGGUGCCCGCCCCAGCCCCUCAGGACGCUGGCCAGCUGUGGUUUUGCUCCACGCUGCCCCACGCCAGCGGGGCACGGCUCCGGGGGAGCAAGUUCCUUUGCGGGGAAAGCCCAGCGUGGGAAUGA